AACAAGUGUUCGUCGGGUGUUACAAAUUUUAAAAAAAAAAUGAGUGAUACUUCAAUUUCCAGAGACAAGUUCGCACGGGAGGUGCUUGACGCUCACAAUGCAUAUCGCAAGGAUCACGGCGCUCCUCCAUUACGAUUGAAUCAGGAAGUAUCAAAAAUCGCCACCCAAUGGGCAGAGCAUUUGUUGAGUAACAACACAAUGCAACAUCGACCAAACAACCGUUAUGGUGAAAACAUUUAUUGGGCCUCGGGUGGUAACCUCACCGGUACCGAUGCUGUUCGAUCCUGGUACAACGAAAUCAAUCAGUAUAGCUGGCGUCGUCCUUCGUUUCAAACGAAGACGGGCCAUUUCACUCAAGUGGUUUGGAAGGCUUCCAGAGAACUAGGCGUUGGUUUUGCCAGGCGUGGAAACACCAUUUAUGUGGUUUGCAACUAUGACCCACCGGGCAACUAUGCAAAUAUGUUUCAACAAAAUGUGGCACCCAGAGCUGGUUAGGAAGUAACUCCCGCCUAUGUAGAUUUAAGUUCCAGUGCUAAGACCAAAAAUGACAAACACCACCCAAAGAAGCCAACACACAUGUGAUAUUCCAUUCCAUUUACAUUUAAUAUUUUAAUGUUGUUAAUUGAAAACUAAAUGUUGUCGCUACAACCGACAAACAUAUUGA